CAACAGAGACGAAUGGGGUCUCUUUGACGCGUUUGCUGGCGUCACGGGCCGCCUUCUCGCUUUCUCGCUCUUUCGCUGUCGCAUUAGCGACCGAAGAAUUAGAGAACUUACACAGAGAACCCUUGCGGCAAAGUGAAAACGAAAUGUGGCAAAAACAAAGCCAAAGAAAUGUCGCUACUGCUUAAAUUAAAUACAUUGCUCACUUUCCGUUCAAUUGUCGAGCCCAGCGGACAUCGGAGGAGCGUCUUCAGAUCGCGGUCAGUGUGCAAUCCGCCAAUCCCGAGCUGCCUUCGAAUUCCGCCUAAAGGUCCAGCGUGCGUCGGUUGCCAGGCAGUUGAGUCCGCUGCCUCGCGCGUUCCGGUUGCAGAUUCCGGUUCCCGGUUCCUCGUCGCGUCGAUCAUUUCGUGUUGAGGUAAAAAUCAAUUUCCUACAACGGCUACAGCGGUGCAACGUAUUCUGAAACUGUUGAUGCAACGGCAGCAAAAACUGCUGCGGAAAUUAUUCCAACUGACUGCAUUGGCAAAACGUUAAGCAUACGCAGUGGUGUACGGCAAAAAAUCAGAUAAAGUGAAAAGCCAAAACUCCAUCCUGGGUAAUCUGUGGUUAAUCGUUCGAGAUUACCUUUUCGCCAAAAUGGGUCCCCCCACCGCUACCGAGCUCCCCCCGAAGACCACGGAACGCAGCGACGCCCCCGUCGAGCUGACCGGCUACCGCAAGUGGCUGUCCGACAACCUCGUGCUCCUGGUCACCCUCUCCGGAGUGCUCCUCGGCGUGGUGCUGGGACUUUCACUGCGACCGCUCAACUUGCACGGGGACUCCAUCAUGCUGAUCUCGUAUCCCGGCGAGCUGUUCAUGCGCGUGCUCAAGCUGAUGAUAUUGCCGCUGGUUAUAUCGAGCUUGAUUGCCGGAUCGGCCAGCCUCAAUGCCAAGAUGAACGGAAAGAUAGCGCUGCGCACCCUUGUUUACUUCGCCAGCACCUCGUUCUUCAACGCUGCUUUGGGAAUCGCCCUCGUGCUGCUCAUCCAUCCUGGAAAUCCGGAUCUGCACAACACCGAUAACCGCUCGACGGACAGAAGGGCAGUGAACUUGCUGGAUAGCCUUUUGGAUUUAGGAAGAAACGUAUUCCCCGACAACCUGUUCCAGGCCUCCAUCCAGCAGGCACACACCGUGUACCUGCCCAAGCCGAGCAUCCUGCACGCCUUCAACGAGACGAUGAACGACACCCUGGUCUCCGGCGUGGAGGCCCAGCGACUGCCGGAGGACCUCGCAGAGGAGGUGGUGCUGGUGAGGGACGUGCAGUACCGCAACGGAACCAACACCCUGGGCAUCGUGUUCUUCUGCCUCGUGUUCGGCACCUUCCUGGGCACCAUCGGCCAGAAGGGGCAGGUGGUGGUCGACUUCUUCGCCGCCGUCUUCGAGGUGAUCAUGAAGAUGGUCACCUGCGUGAUGUGGCUCACCCCGGUGGGCAUCAGCUCCGUGAUCGCCGGCAAGAUCCUCAGCGUGGGCGACCUGGCCCUGGUCAUGUCGCAGCUCAUGUGGUUCAUCGUCACGGUGGCCCUCGGCGUGCUCAUCUACCAGUUCGUCGUGAUGCAGGCCAUCUACUUCGUCGUCGUGCGCCGCAAUCCGUUCAAGUUCUACGCCGGACUCAUCCAGGCCAUGCUAACCGCCUUCGCCACGGCCUCAACCGCCGCUGCCCUGCCCAUAACGUUCCGCUGCAUGAACGAAAAGCUGCGCGUGGACCCGCGGAUCACGCGGUUCGUCCUGCCCAUCGGGUGCAACAUCAACAUGGACGGGACGGCGCUCUACAUCGCGGUGGCCUCGAUCUUCAUCGCCCAGAUGAGCGGCAUGGUGCUGGGCUUCGGGGAGCUCCUCACGGUCCUCCUGACCUCCACGGCCGCCUCGAUGAGCUCGGCCAGCGUGCCGAGUGCCGCCCUCGUUCUCCUCCUCGUGGUGCUCACCGCCAUCGACGCUCCUGUCCAGGAUGUGACGCUGCUCUUCGCCGUGGACUGGUUUGUGGACAGGAUUCGGACCACGAACAACAUGCUUGGGGAUUGCUACACCGCCGCCAUUGUCGAGGAACUGUCGCGCAAGGAGUUGAUGGCCCUGGACGCAGCCUCCGUGAAUUUCCAGGACAUUCCCGCUGGCACCCCCAACGGUCACGGACAUGGACACCACGGCGAAGGACUCCUGGAGGGGCAGACCGAGCUGGACUCGAGCAGCAAGUGCGUGAUGACCAUGACGGACUCGGUGGUGGUGGACAUGGGUGCGGUGAUGAACAACGUGAACCUUCAGCAGGAGCACUGCAACCGGAGGGUCUAGAGAAGGACCGGCCCUCCACACUCGAUUUUAGUUCGUCAGCGUCGCCUCAGUAGAACCGGAGCCUCCACCACCGCCACAACCACCACCACCACUGGAACAAUAAGAGCCAAGAUAUCACCACCAAUAGACCACAGUGUUCCCCCAAAGUUUUUGAUAUAGCAUCUUCGAAGAACAACCAAUUGGAUUUAUAUCGAGAGACAGUCUGACGAACCCACCCGAAUUGAAUUUACUCCUCUUUUGGACCAGUGUCGAUAGCAAUUAAUUAGCCUGAACACUUAAAGGACUCUGCAUACGUAUAUAUCGAGUAUUCACCCAGUAGGAACCGCAUAGGAACUAUAUGAAACACGUAGGCACACACAUUUAACCCGAAAACGAACCCGAAAACGGAAGGAAGCGCUUAGCGAGGGACUCCUGUGAUCGGCCCUUGGAACUAUGUGUAUAAUCUAUGGGUAUUAUUUAGUAAGAUCGAUUGUGAUGGGGACACUCUAGUUUGUUUUACAAUGUUGCUUAUUUCGACGUUAUAUAUGUGUUGUUUGGAUGUUUGUGAGGAUCAACGUAUAAGUUGACAGCGGGCGGGACGUAGAACGCAGGUUGUAUAAGGAGCAGGCCUAGGUUUAGUUCUAGUUUUAGUUCUUCUGUUACCUUACCUUAUUUACACUCCCCGGUUGGAACUAGCGAUCAAUACAAAACAAUUAUCAAUUAUCCACUACCGAUUCCGAAAUGAAUAUCACACAUGCAUUCGUAGACUGAUAGCAGACUUAGUAGCGAUAACAAAUACGUAUCUGCAUAUAGCAGUACCACUAACCAAUAUCCGACAUUCGAUUUGUACGCAAACGCAUACGCAAAUACAAUGAAGUUAUUAUACCACCUACUGAGAUGUAA